CCCGUAUAUCUCAAGAGAGGACUGCUACUACACGGACACAGACUCAGUUGUGCUUGGUCAGCCACUACCUGAGGAUGUGAUUUCUUCUUCUGUCUUAGGCAAGUUUAAGCUAGAGGACAGAAUCAUGAAAGGAUACUUUUUCGCUCAAAAAUCCUAUUUUUACAGCACAAUAGAUGGCAAAGAAGUUAGAAAGUUCAAGGGACCAGCAAAAAACCUGAUCUUUCCUGAAUGGUUUGUGUCACAGUACGCAGACCCAUCUCGUACAGAACAGGUACUGGUAUCCUCCAACUUCCGGGUUGAUUGGCACACUCUUAACAUCAUAAAGAAAGACACAUUAGUAAGGAUAGGUCUUAAGCUGGUGAGCAAAAGGAUGCCAGUAUAUCACUGUGAUCUCUGGGUAGAUACAGAACCAAUCGAGGUCACUGACUUAUCAUGCCUAAAUAACGUAGGAAAAAGAAGAAUUUAAUCACUAUGGAAUGAAGUAAAACAACUACAGAUUGAAAAUAACGUUCUAAAAGAGAAAUUAUUGAGCCCGGGAGAAAAAUGACUUAACGCAUCAUGUUCCCCUUCAACGAGGGUUCUGGGGGCCGGUAUUGUAUAAGAACUUUCCUCUCUCCAAAAAGUCUUGUAUCCGUCCUUUAGACGAGCCUCCUACUAACAGAACAGGCUACGGAACAAGCAAGGGCUGACUAGAAACCCCGGUAUAGAGAUGAAAGUAUAUACUACCGCUACAGACAACAAGCAAGAGCUUUCAAUUCGACCAGAGAGUUCUAUCUGAGAGCUCAAUUACAUCGACCCUUAUUCUUAUUCAAUACCCAACCCAAGGUAUAUUAUGUUUAUCAUUGUGAAAUGCACCCUUACUACUGACAACACUAAAAAAAUCUUCAAUUGAAAUCAAGCUCCUCAAGGCCUCGCGGCGCUACGACCCCGAAAGGCACUACUGUAGCACUGCACUCAUUGGCCCUAUCUUUCUGUCUAAACUAUCAGAGCUUUCAUUCCAUAUCAGAUUCAGAUUACGUCUUUGUGUUAUAUACGCAAUUUUCUGUUGCUGGUUCGGUAAGGCGAACAUUAGUCUUCCCUCUCUCCUCUUAUGGGAAACCUCUUUCACUAUCCCACCUCUACAUUCAAGGCUUUCCCCCUCGGGGAACGUAGAAGAAGGAAGUAGUGUUUUCUAGAGUCAAGUAAGCACAGAUGGAACUAGAACAAUUCUCAUAGUAUGCUUUCGACUGGUCUUGCCCUCUACCAAUUAGGGGAAUGAUAUUACAUUCAAUCCAAUGAGUCAAGCAAAGAAAAAGAAAGGGUACGAGCAGAAUUGAACCGAUGAUUGACGGUCUGACCUUACAGGGCGUGACUCGUCGUCCUUAAAGCACUAAGUUAUUUACAGAUCUAAUGACGCGCCCUAUCUAUCUUUAUCUUUCUCCUCUCGAGAACGGUAACAGGGUUUGAUCGAUAGCAACAAAAACAUCGGAAUAAGGAAGAUCAGCCUACCACACCCGCACAGUUUAGGAUAGUGCUGAACUUGUUAAUAACUACUUUGUCGGAGAUGCAUUCUUUUCUAUUGGCAGAGAUAGAGUGGGCACCAGGUUUUUCCUCAUCGACAAUGAGUUACACUGCAACAAAUAAGAGCCCAAUGAGUUGGAGUGGAGAGUAACCAGCUCUUUUUUCUAUUCAAAGAUCAGUCUUCUCGUUUGGGGACAUCAUUGGCUUCAUCCAUCCUAUCCCAGUGGAUUCCGUGCAUUCAUGUGCAGCCUUUCUCUUAUUAGACGAUGCAUACCCCUUCCUCAUUAACUAUGUCAUGUCACCUCCUUCCUCAAGGAGCUGCUCGAGGAUGCCCUCUUUGCAGGUGCAGAUGAAGAAGACUUGGAUAAAGGCACGAGUAGCAGAAUGGAAGAUUGGCUUUCGCUUUCAAAGUAGCAGUAGCAGUAUGGAUGGAUGGCAUCUAUCAUUAGCUGGCACUGGCUUUCGGCAGACUAGCUCGCUGCUCCAGAUAACUAAUACAAAGAAAUAAAGAAAGUCACAUUUGCCCUUCAACCGAGCUAACAGUCCUUGUUCUGCUUGUCCAGCAGCUUCUUUAUAUGAGUCUUUUACCUGAAUAAAUUCACUCAAGUCAAGUAAGCUCGUAAACAAGCAAGCUUGCCUUCCUUUCCGGGCUUACUGUAGGUCUUGUUGUUCCAGAAUAAUUGACUUUCAACUCAAAGCAUUCAUGCAAGAAAUGGUGCAAAAAGGAUGGAGGAAUUCGCGGAAUUUCUUGUCAACAGGAACACGGAACGGAGAGCAGCCCCUCUUUCGGUAAGGUGAAAAAAGGCCUCCACGGCGU